AUGACCAUCUGGCCCUUCAACCUUAUGGACGAACCCGAGGUCACUGGAUUCGACCGUGAAGAGCGACGUUUUUGGGCACGCACAGAAGGCUGCUUCAGGGUCAUGAAUUCGAUCGUCGCUGUCGUUGCCCUCAUCCUUCUGUACACUGUGCCGAAUCAGACUGCCGCACAGACAAUGUCCACUAUCAAUCGAGACAUUCAGCAACUGAACCAUAGCCUCAAGGUUACUACCUAG